AUGCAACAACCAGAGGAGGGCGUGGCCGCCGUCGAAAAGGUCCCCAGUCAAGUCAUUCCACCAGACUCGACCAACUUGGAGAAACAACCACUUGAAGAUGCUGCUUCGACCACCUCCACCUCAAAGAAUGGCUCCAAAAACGGUUCAAAUGGCUCCAAGGAUUCUGCCGCCCCCGCAGAUGACGAGGAUGCGCUCUUCGCCCACCUCCCACCACAUGAGCAAGAAAUCCUCAAAUUACAACUCCAUGCGCCUCCAGUGACGGUCUCCUGGUUUGGUCUGUACCGAUAUGCAUCGCGCAACGAUCUACUGAUCCUACUCGUCAGCGGUCUCUGCGCCAUUGUCGCCGGUGCCGCCAUGCCUCUCUUCACCAUCCUCUUCGGCGCAUUGGCUACUGCUUUCCAGCAGAUUAGUCUGGCCAACAACGGCAUCGGCAAUUACACUUAUGAUGAAUUCUAUCACGAACUCACCAAGAACGUCCUUUAUUUCGUAUACCUCGGUAUCGCCGAGUUCGUCACCGUUUACAUCAGCACUAUCGGUUUCAUCUAUACCGGCGAACACAUCACCCAGAAAAUCCGCGAACACUACCUCGAGGCCAUCUUGCGCCAGAAUAUCGCUUACUUUGAUAAGCUUGGCGCUGGCGAGGUCACUACUCGCAUCACGGCUGAUACCAAUCUCAUCCAGGACGGUGUCUCUGAAAAGGUCGGCCUCACCCUAACCGCUCUCGCGACCUUUGUCACGGCCUUUAUCGUGGCUUAUAUCAAAUAUGCUCGUCUCGCGGGUAUCUGUACCUCGACUAUCAUCGCCUUGGUGAUGGUUAUGGGUGGAGGAUCCCGUUUCAUCGUCAAGUAUAGCAAACUCUCGCUGGAAAGCUACGGUGCUGGCGGUACCGUCGCGGAAGAAGUCAUCAGUUCAAUUCGCAACGCGACGGCUUUUGGUACUCAGGAUAAACUGGCCAAGCAGUACGAGGUGCACCUGCGCGUUGCGGAACGCUGGGGUACGCGCCUGCAAAUGGCGCUUGGCGUCAUGGUCGGCGCCAUGUUCGGUAUCAUGUUCCUCAACUACGGUCUCGGUUUCUGGAUGGGAUCGCGCUAUCUCGUUGCCGGUGACGUGAAUGUCGGCCAGGUUCUUACUAUUCUGAUGGCCAUCUUGAUUGGUUCUUUCAGUUUGGGCAAUGUCGCUCCCAACGCUCAAGCUUUCACUAAUGGUGUCGCGGCUGCGACGAAGAUCUUCGGUACUAUUGACCGUACCUCGCCUCUGGAUCCUACAAGCGAUGAGGGAACGACUCUCGAUCACGUCGAUGGUGAUAUUGAGUUCCGCCACGUUAAGCACAUCUACCCCUCCCGCCCUGAGGUGACUGUCAUGCAAGAUGUUUCUCUGAAGAUCCCCGCCGGUAAGACCACUGCGCUGGUCGGUCCCUCUGGUUCGGGAAAGAGUACCAUUGUCGGCCUUGUGGAGCGCUUCUACCUCCCCGUUGGCGGUAAUGUCUAUCUUGACGGCCAUGAUAUUCAAGAAUUGAAUUUGCGUUGGUUGCGUCAGCAGAUCUCGCUGGUCAGCCAAGAGCCUAUUCUCUUUGGUACGACUAUCUACGAGAACAUUCGCCAUGGUCUCAUUGGAACUCGUUUCGAGAAUGAAUCCGAGGAAAAGAUUCAGAACCUUAUUGAAGAUGCUGCGAAGAUGGCUAAUGCCCACGACUUCGUCAUGGCUCUGCCCGAGGGAUAUGAGACUAAUGUUGGUCAACGCGGUUUCUUGCUCUCUGGUGGUCAGAAACAGCGUAUUGCUAUUGCCCGUGCUGUUGUUUCCGACCCGAAGAUCCUGCUGCUGGACGAGGCGACUUCCGCCCUGGAUACCAAGUCUGAAGGUGUAGUUCAAGCAGCUCUUGACCGCGCUGCUGAAGGCCGCACCACCAUCGUCAUUGCCCACCGCUUGUCUACCAUCAAGACCGCGCAUAACAUUGUUGUCUUCGUCAAUGGAUCCAUCGUCGAGCAGGGAACUCACGACGACCUCCUGGAAUUGGAUGGCCCAUACUUCAAGCUCGUCGAGGCGCAACGCAUCAACGAAGAGAAAGAAGCCGACGCACUGGCCGACGCGGAGGAAGACGAAGACUCUGACGAACCCUACGAGAAACAAGAAAUCGCCCGCAUCAAGUCCUACGCCAGCGCAUCAUCCAGCGGCAAGACAAAGGACGAAGUGCAACCGACGAAAACCCUCACCAACGAAAACUCCAUCCAACGCGCCGACACCCGCAAAUCCGUAUCCAGCAUGGUCCUCGCCAAAACCGGCACCGAGGGUGUAGGAAAAUACUCACUGUGGACCUUGAUCAAAUUCAUCGCCUCCUUCAACAGAGCCGAAUGGAAAUUCCUCGUCGUCGGCCUUUUCUUCUCCAUCCUCGGUGGCGGCGGUCAACCAACCCAAGCCUUCCUCUACGCCAAAGCCAUCACCGCUCUUUCCAAGGGCCCAAGCGAAUACGCCGAACUACGCAAGGAAGCAAACUUCUGGUCUCUAAUGUUCUUCGUCGUCGGCAUCGCGCAAUUCAUCACUCUAUCCAUCCACGGCGUCGCCUUCGCAUACUGCUCCGAGCGCCUCAUCUGCAAAGCCCGCUCAAAGGCCUUCCGCAUCAUGCUCCGCCAAGACAUCAAUUUCUUUGACAAAGAAGAGAAUUCCACCGGCGCCUUGACUUCCUUCCUCUCAACCGAAACGAAACACCUAUCCGGUAUCAGCGGAACGACUCUCGGAACGAUCCUAAUGACCUCCACAACCCUCAUCGCCGCAAUCGUCAUCUCCCUCUCCUUCGGCUGGAAACUAGCCCUAGUCUGUAUCUCCGUCGUCCCCGUCCUACUAGCCUGCGGUUUCUACCGCUUCUACAUGUUGGCCGCAUUCCAGCAACGCUCAAAAACAGCAUACGAAGGUUCAGCCAGCUACGCCUGUGAAGCCACAUCCGCCAUCCGAACCGUCGCAUCGCUAACGCGCGAAUCGGACGUAUGGUCCAUUUACCACGGUCAACUCGACGCCCAGGGCCGCGCUAGUCUAAUUUCCAUCUUCAAGUCUUCCCUUCUCUACGCCGCUUCCCAGGCAUUGGUCUUCUUCUGUGUCGCGCUGGGCUUCUGGUACGGCGGCUCAUUGCUGGGGAAGGGCCAAUACACAACAUUCCAAUUCUUCGUCUGUUUCAGCGAAAUUCUUUUCGGCGCUCAGUCUGCUGGAACGGUAUUCAGUUUCUCGCCUGAUAUGGGUAAAGCGAAGAAUGCGGCGUACGAGUUUCGAAAACUCUUCGACCGGAGACCUGUUAUUGAUACAUGGUCCGAAGAAGGCGAGACACUUUCGAAAUGCGAUGGAACGAUUGAAUUCCGCGAUGUUCAUUUCAGAUACCCGACUCGGCCGGAACAACCUGUGUUGCGGGGACUGAAUUUGACUGUUUCGCCUGGUCAAUAUAUUGCUCUUGUUGGACCAAGUGGUUGUGGAAAGAGUACGACUAUUGCGCUAUUGGAACGAUUCUACGAUGCGCUCUCCGGAGGCAUUUUCGUUGAUGGAAAGAACAUCGCUGAUCUUAAUGUUAAUUCUUACCGGGAACAUUUGGCGCUUGUUUCGCAGGAACCGACGCUUUAUCAGGGCUCUAUCAAGGAUAACAUUCUCCUUGGUAUUGAGGCUGAUGAUGUUGAGGAGGAAUUACUCAUUAAGGCUUGCAAGGAUGCGAAUAUUUAUGACUUUAUCAUGUCUCUUCCUGACGGCUUCGCAACAAUAGUCGGAAGCAAAGGCGGAAUGUUAUCAGGAGGUCAAAAGCAACGCGUAGCAAUCGCCCGCGCACUCCUCCGAAACCCGAAAAUUCUCCUGCUGGACGAAGCGACCUCAGCACUGGACUCCGAGUCCGAGAAGGUCGUUCAGGCUGCGCUGGAUGCGGCGGCGAAGGGUCGGACGACGAUUGCGGUUGCGCAUCGACUUAGUACGAUUCAGAAGGCGGAUAUUAUUUAUGUCUUUGAUCAGGGACGUAUUGUUGAGAGUGGAACGCAUUCAGAAUUGUUGAGGAAUAAGGGGAGGUAUUAUGAGUUGGUUAAUCUUCAGAGUUUGGGGAAGACUCAUUGA